GGUGUUUUCUCCCCUUUUGCACACUUUUUACUGUAUUUCUUGCUCCACUUUGCGCCUCUUACCCUUAGGAUGUAUGUUUUUUUCCUAACUUACACUUAUAUAUGUAUGUAUGUCAGAAUUAUAUUUCAUUUUAUUUUGUAUGUUAACCCGGUUCUACUAUUCUAUAUUUGAUCUAUGCCUCUAUAUUACUUGUAAACAUGUUAUAUAGAGCAGGGCUACUUCACACAAGUUUGUAUUCAAACGAAUUUUGUGGAUUGGUUAGAUACUUAGAACAUUGAAAGGCUAGUAUUAGUAAAGUUAAGGCUGUUUCACACCAAGAUGAUGCUCACGCUCCACUCAUACGAUGCUUAAGGUACGCUCAAGAUUCGUACGUGUUCACACAUGAUUUUUCCUAACGAAGGUGCAUGCUAGUAAACUUCAUUCGAUGAAAUGAAUUUUUCCGAUGAAGAGUUGUUGUUGAUUGCCUCGCUGUUAGAUGAAGAUGAGCCAAAACCCAAAAGAAAAAGAAAAUGGGUACAUCCCUCCUUGCAGUACAGAUCCACGCGAGGGGAAUUUCAUACACUAUAUCCGCAAUUAGUUGAUGACGAAACUAUGUUCUUCCAGUAUUUUAGGAUGUCCAAAGAGCGAUUCGAAAUGUUGCUUUCAAUUGGUGGUAACCUCAAGAAACAGGAUACUAAAUUUCGGGCGGCAAUCUCACCAAGAGAGAAACUAGCAGUUUGUUUAAGGUUUUUGGCCAGUGGUGAUUCAUUCAGGACAAUAGCGUUCAGUUAUCGCCUGGGAACUUAUACAGUACAACAAACAGUCCAUGAAGUUUGCGAUGUUAUUAUAAAAAUUAUGAUGAAGGAGGUCAUGUCAAUACCAACCAAACAAGAAUGGGAAAAAAUUGCCCAAGAAUUUUGGCAACAAUGGCAGUUUCCCAAUUGUAUAGGAGCUUUGGAUGGCAAACAUGUUGUUAUCGAAGCUCCCCACAAUUCGGGUUCCCUUUACUUCAAUUAUAAGAAGUCCUUUUCAAUAGUUUUAUUGGCACUUAUCGAUGCGAAUUAUAGAUUUAUCGUUGUCGAUGUCGGAUCUUAUAGACGAAGUAGUGAUGGAGGGAUCUUCGCAAAUUUAAAUCUCGGAAAGCGCUUAGAAAGAAAUACACUUGAUAUUCCGGAUGAUGCAAACCUACCAGGGACUCAGCAACUUGCCCCAUUCGUUAUCGUUGGAGAUCCGGCUUUUCCUUUAAAAAAGUUUUUAAUGAGACCUUUUCCUGGAACUCAUAUUGAAAAUCAAAUUGAAAAACGUAUUUUUAACUACCGAUUAUCUCGCGUCCGUAGGGUAGUUGAAAAUGCAUUUGGAAUUCUCACCCAAAAAUUCAGAUUUUAUGACAGAAGAUUGAAAAAUUAGCGCCUAAAUAUGCCGAAAAAGUGAUUUUAACAACGUGUAUCUUAUACAACUUUAUUCGUCAUGGAACGGUUUCGACCAUUUCAAACACUGAUGAAGUUAUAGAAAACAACUUAAGACAUUUAUCUAGACAGGGAGGAAACUCAGCAGCCAUAGAUAGCUUUUCAAACAAGAGAAAUAUUUACAAGAUUUUGUAAAUAUUCAGAGGAAGGCGAAACGUAACAUCUAACUUAAUAUCUUAAAAUUGUUUAUACAUUUAUUUCUAGAUUAAUAAAAUAAAUCUUUAGUAUUUA